AUGCCUACCUACGCAAUUCUCGGCUCCACUGGUAAUUGUGGCAUGGCCUUGAUGAAGAACCUCCUCAAAUCACCUGACAACAGAAUCCAUGCCUAUUGCCGCAAUGUCGCAAAAUUAUACAGACUGAUUCCAGAAAUCAUUGGUAAUGAAGAUAUCAAAGUCUUUUCUGGGAGUAUUACCGAUGUUGAGCUCAUGGAAGAGUGCGUGCGCGAUACUCAUGCUGUGUUCAUGGUGGCGACAACCAACGACAACAUUCCUGGAUGUCGCGUCAGCCAGGAUAGUGCUGGUACAGUCAUCGCUGCGCUGAAAAAUAUCAAAGCGAAAGCAUUGCCUGGUCUUAGGCUUCCUACACUGGCCCUUCUCAGCUCUGCCACCAUUGAUCCGUACUUAAGUCGCAACAUGCCUUCAUGGUUUCGCCCAAUCAUGCUCAUGGCCGCAUCCUACGUCUAUGAAGACUUGAAGGUUGCUGAGAAGUUGAUGCGCGCCGAAUCAUCGUGGCUGCCGUCCAUCUUCAUCAAGCCUGCUGGUCUUUCUCCCGAUGUUUCACGAGGGCACCGAUUAACAUUGGAUGAGGAAGAAAGCUUCAUCAGCUAUUUCGACCUUUCAGCAGGUAUGAUUGAGGCUGUACAAGAUCCUGAUGGUCGCUAUUGCGGGAGGAAUGUUGGUGUUGUCAAUGCAAAGAGAGGUGUUGGCGCCAAAUUUCCCUCGGGUACCCCAAUGUGCAUCUUAAUGGGACUGAUGAGACACUUUUUCCCAUGGCUACAUCCUUAUUUGCCAAGCACAGGUCCCUCUUAGAGAUAUGAGACAGUAGUUUGAACAGAUCAUCAAACAAUUAACGUUAUCGGUU